GAGAGGAAGGGGUGGGAAGAUGAAGGAUGGGGAUGGGGAGGCGGCAACACAAUGGUCAGUGUUCUGAAGGAGCCAUUUUCAAGCUAUCGAGGGGCAGAAGAAUACCAAUAUGCUUCCUACCAAGCUAAUCUUCUAGGACGCCUGCUUUGGGGAACUAUCGUGGGUAACAUCAACCCCUGCAAAGGCAUCACUCUAGCAAAUUUUUUGGGGAAUAAUACCCAGCGCCGCUUCACUCCUCCUGCCAAAUUUGUUGCAGUUCCUGUGGGAAGCUGGUGAUACACUCUUAGCCAGGGAACAUCAACACAGAGCAAAAACCUUCCUGCGUCACCACGGGUAGGAGCAGACCAUCUAAACCUCUGAAAAGUAAAAGAGGAUCUCCAUCUAAGCCUCCACACAGACGAAUUGGAGUUGAAUUGCCUACCGGCGCUAUAAGCCAAGAGCACGGAAAAAAAAGUGCUGAAAAGGGUGGGUGGGGGAACGGAAUCAGAGCAGAGGGAAGAAGAAGCGAGGGGUUGAGAGGGGAGGGGAGAGUGAAGUAGGGAUCGAUGUAAAUGAAUGGAGGGGGAACCUGUUGUAGAGUGUGGAGGGAGAAUUGGAGGGAGGGAGUGGUCCUGAUAGCUGAUGUGGGGAGGAGUGGAAGGUGAAGGGACUGGAGAACGUGGGUGGAGGUAGGGGAGGAAGAGGAAGUUAUGGCAAGAGGAAGGUUACGGGGGGAGGGGUUAGCUGGUUCGGAAGUGGGUGACAGCGACGGGAGAGGGGGCACGGGAUGGUGGCAGGCGGAGGAACGAGGGGAGGAGAAAGGAGGAACAUACAGGGGUUUAAAGGAUGGGAGGGGACAGACGGGUAGGGGUUUGAGCGCCACCUGUUGAGGGGCUGUGUUUUGCGAGGCUGGGGAGGCGCAAACUGGCUGUGGGGGAGGGGGAAGGGGGAAGGGAGUUGUCACGUGAAGAUUAUGAAAAAAAUAACAGGAGUUAUCGGAGGGAAUGAGGAAGGAGGAGUGAGGGUGGAGGAGCGUAAAGGACAAGAUUAGAUCUCAUAAUCGAUUGUAUGGAGUACCGUAGCUCGAGAAAAGAGGAGAGAGGGAGGGAACACCCCCACAAUCUCAGGACAACCCAAGACAGGGGGAGGUGGGGGCGGCGGGUGGGCGGGCGGGCGAGCGGCAUCCGCUCCCCGGGUGUGCGGUGCGCAAUCUAGACAUGUGUGGCCAGACUCGUUGUUGGGAGUAUGAAGUGGUGGCGCCGCCGCGUGCGUGUGUUCGUGCAUGCGUCGUCAGUGCCUGCACAGCGGCAGUCAGGUCGAGUGAAGCACAGAACACCCCCGGCGGGACGCAGGUCCGGCCGACUCGGCUCCCGCUCCCUGGCUCACUCCUCCCGGGCAGCCUCCGCCGCCGCCCUGCCGCCGCCUUGCUGCCCGCCACCCGACGCUCGCCGAGAUGAUGUACAAGUGCGCGACGCGAGGCGCGUGCAGGCCGCGAUAACACGCCAGCCGCCUGCCAUCGCCUCCAAACUUAGUGGCGACUGAUGCGUGCCGCGACUUGCGUGCCCAGCCUGAAACACUUGAGGCGUGCCGUGCCAGUGUUUGCAGUGAGCGGCCAGCCCUCGAGCAACACUGAUGACCGCCAGGCGUCGCCGGCCCCCCGCCGCCACACAUUGAGGCGUUCCCGCACCCCCGUGGCCCCCGUCGUUCCCGUAAAUACCACGAGUGAAAGUAAACACGGGGACAAAACUUCCCGAGACAACUGAAAAACACGCCGUCUUAAAGUUUAUCGCUGAGUGAAGAUUGAAACUGUCGGGAACUUGUUGAUUCAGAGCUUGUUGUUCCAGCCCUUGCCUGCCUCCCUCCCUCCCUCCCUUCCUCCCGGGGCACGCCUCCACAGCGCCUCUCCCAACGGCCUGCUUGAGGAUGGGAGGGACGGGCGCACCGCACCACACAGGCGUAACUAACAACGGCGCGUGACAAACAAACUAACUAACCAGACCACCAGCACAAAAACAUACACACACACACACACACACACACACACACACACACGCAGACACACAAAACGGUGAGUGUUGUGAUGAGCGUCGUGGGGGAAACCCUUGGGAUCAGAGGCCCACCACCGCCUCCUUCGCCACCACCACCACCACCUGCCCUCGGAACCACAAGACAUAGUAGAAGAAAGAAGCAGAGGAUAUCACCACCACCACCACCACUACCACUACCAGGAGCAGCAAGGGCGUGAGAGGGCGCCGCUCCCCAACCAGCAGGAGCAGCACACUGGACUGAGCCUCGUCACGGUAUAAACAGAGAGCGCCAGCGCCGCCACAGCCCCCGCGAUGGCCAUCCUGGAGGUGAACGAAAGCGGCGCCGUGUCCACCCUCUUCGAGAUGGACAUGAACGUGUCUGACCUGGAGGAGGGCGGUGUGGUGAGCAGUGACGUGGGCUACAACUUCAACAUCACCAUGCCGCUGUGGGAGAUCGUACUCACAGUCAUCUCCCUCAGCGUCAUCAUCAUCUUCAUCAUCGUCGGCAACGUGCUCGUCAUCCUGUCCGUGUUCACGUACCGCCCGCUGAGAAUCGUCCAGAAUUUCUUCAUCGUGUCGCUGGCCGUGGCGGAUCUGACCGUGGCGGUGUUCGUGCUGCCCUUCAACGUAGCCUACAGCAUCAUAGGCAAGUGGAUCUUCGGCAUCCACUUGUGCGAGAUGUGGCUGACGUGCGACAUCCUUUGCUGCACGGCCUCCAUCCUCAACUUGUGUGCCAUCGCCCUGGACCGCUACUGGGCCAUCACGGACCCCAUCAACUACGCCCAAAAGCGAACCCUGAAGCGUGUGCUGAUCAUGAUUGGCUUGGUGUGGGCCAUCAGUGUCAUCAUCUGCCUGCCGCCGCUCUUCGGCUGGAACGACUGGCCGGAGACAUUCACGCCGGACACGCCCUGCAUCUUGACGCAGGAAAAAGGCUUCGUCAUCUACUCCUCCUCGGGUUCAUUCUACUGCCCGCUGCUCAUCAUGACGAUGGUCUAUUUUAAGAUCUUCACGGCCACGCGGCGGCGGCUGCGGGAGCGCGCCAAGGCCUCAAAACUCAAUCAGAUCCCCAACACGGGCAAGGCCAAGAUGCCGCGCGAGGAAGACUCCGCCGUCAGCGAGAACGGCCAGAAUGGCUACAACGACAACUGCAGGAAAAAUCUGGUGCAGAAGAAACGACGUAAAAAGAAGAAAGCCGUGGCGGCUCAGGCCACUAGUGCCAUCACCACCACCACCACCACCACCUGCGGUAGCACCGUGACGGCCACCACCACGCUGACCACGUCACUCAGCCCGCCCCACAUGACCGAGAGCUCCAUUACCGACAACGACAUGAGUAACAACCAGAGAGACGAGUCCUCCCCGACGGAGGAGAAGCGCGGAGCGGGCGUGGUGAUCACCGUGAACCCCAAGAGUGGCAAUCAGAUCCACCAGUUCAUCGAAGAGAAGCAAAAGAUCUCAUUGUCCAAGGAGCGUCGCGCCGCCAGGACACUGGGCAUCAUCAUGGGCUCCUUUGUCAUCUGCUGGCUGCCCUUCUUCCUCAUGUACGUGAUCAAGCCCUUCUGCACCACGUGCCCCGAGCCCAAUGACAAGGUGGUCAACUUCAUCGUGUGGCUCGGCUACAUCAAUUCAUCGCUUAACCCAGUCAUCUACACUAUCUUCAACAUGGACUUUCGCAGAGCCUUCGCCAGGAUCCUGAGGUGUCCCAACGCGGCCAUGAUCUGAGGUUCCUCCACCGACACGCUCACUGUCCCCUCCCUCACCCUCACCCUCACCCCCACCCAUGGACUUCCAAGUGAGUGCGUGGACGGCCGGGCGGACACAAAGCGCCUCGCUGCGGGCCCCCUGCGAGGCCGACACGUGUUGUUUAUCAGCAGGAACAAUAAAGACAAUAACAACAACGACGAGUGGAGUGAAGGCAGCAGCUGCUCUUUAUGCUGAAUAGAAUUGUUAUUAUGUGUUUCUUCUGUGAAGAUAAAACUGUGAAUCUCAUUAUUCAUGGCGGGAGCAACGAUGACACCCACUCACUGACCUCACACUGACAUGGUGUGUGUAUGUGUGUGUCUGUGUGUGUGUGUCUGUGUGUGUGUGUGUGUGUGUGUGUGUGUGUGUGUGUGUGUGUGUGUGUGUGUGUGUGUGUGUGUGUGUGUGUGUGUGUGUGUGUGUGUGUUGGUGGACGUGGAUGGGUAUACUCGUAUUUGUGAGUGUGUAGGUGGGCGGGUGAGUGUUUGGUUGUGUGUGUGUGUGUGUGUGUGUGUGUGUGUGUGUGUGUGUGUGUGUGUGUGUGUGUGUGUGUGUGUGUGUGUGUGUGUGUGUGUGUGUGUGUGUGUGUGUGUGUGUGUGUGUGUGUGUGUGUGUGUGUGUGUGUGUGUGUUCGUGCGAGUGUGUCACAUAUGUUUCUUUGCGUGCCAACAUGUUCACACACACACACACACACACACACACACACACACACACACACACACACACACAC